AGGAUGCGUGUAUGAGCUUCCUCACUGCAGAAGCCAGGCCUCAGGAUAUCGACACACUCGGACAACUUUGCUACAUGGCGAUGAGGGCAGUACAGCAUUCUCAGGACUUCACAGGCAGGGGUGACGCUAAAAGGUUUUUAUUUCACUACAGUAAGAGCCAAGAUUCUGGAGACACGGAGGGCACAGCACCUGUGUUGCACCCCUUGCUGCAGCUCGUACCGCAGCUACACACCAGAAGACUCAGGAGAAUCACCUUUGGGGAGAAUCUUCAUGGACCAGGUGGCAUCCAAAGCAGAGGCUACUUCCUGUAUCGGCCAAGAAAUGGAAGAAGAUCAGUCACACUUGUUUAAAAGGGCCUGCUGGGAAGGACAGCAGUGCUAGGGACCCACUUCCUGUCUGGCUCGGAGCUUCUCUAUUAUCCUCCAAAACCACUGUAUAGUGAUGUUGAAUGUAUACAGACAAAAAUAAAGACAUUUUGAUUUAA